AGAAGGCAAUGUAAAUGUAACCUGCUUGAAUGGAUGUAGCUCUGCCACUAUGGCUGUCAGAAAGAGUUUGUAGAUGAGCUCCACAGAUAAAGCAGCAUGUGGAGAACAGAGACUAACUAUGACAAAUGGAGCCAGCCAGGCUGGAGGAUAGAACAGACGUAUGGGAACAAAGUGCUCAUCGGCAACUGGGUGGAGGAAAGACUGCAGUUCACUAGGGAGAACCGGACAGGAAACAGCACCAACCGUCUAGACUACCGGCCGCAGUGGGACUACCAGCCAGACACCUUUGUGCGAAGAACAGCAGUGCGACAUGGAGAGGGUCUGCCCUCCAAGCUGUUACUGGGACACCAUAGCAUCCCCAAUGCCCACUUCUUGGUCAGUCAGUAUGAUGAGCAGUUCGGCAGCAAAAGAGAUGCCACCAUAGCCUUGGCGCCAAAGCUUCGAAAGUGGGACUCUAACAAACUGGCUUGGCUUCCAGAGCGCUCGGACCAUGCUACCAAAGCGCCUCCCACCAACUACGGCCUGACGGCGGCCCGCUCAGCGCGUCUCCACGAGCAGCAGCGGAGCAGCGUGCUUCCCUCGGUCAGCGCGUACCGCUCGGCCUACCCGCCGCCCCCGCGCUCCGCCCUGUGCCACCCGAGUCACGCCAGCAUACGCCCACGACCCUGCCAGUACCCCAUACUGCUCCCACACCUUCCAGAUCAGCCCGACACGCCGUCAGUCCAGACCACUGCCUGAUAAAAGACAUCUGAUGAUGAAGACUCAUGAAGUUGAAACGUAAUCCUUCCAUGAAAUAAUAAUAAUAAAAAAAGAACGUUUUUCA